AUGCCAAAAUCUCCUGGAGGUAUCAAGCGUCCUGCUGCGGCGAAGGCAACAGAGACAAGCAGAAAGAGGGCGCCAUACACAGCUCGAGCCUGUGGUGUGUGUCGCAGGCGCAAGAGGAGAUGCUCCGGAGACAAUCCGUGCACCUAUUGUGCGUCGCGGUCGCUCAUCUGCGAUGACCUGAGUGAGCCUCCUGUGGUUGUUUCGCAGGCGGCCUCGCCGCCCCCAAGCCUUUCAUCUCGAGAUCCUCAGGAUUCGAGCAUGAGGACAUUCUCUGUCAACAAACAACUUGCCCAGACUUCACAGACUGAGAUGAGGCCCUACUACGAGUCUGACCUCGAGUGCCUGGGCACAUUGGGCCAGUUGGUCGCCAAUUUCCAAGACCAGAUCGGCACACUCACCACGAGGUUGGACAGGAUGGAGCGGAACACGCCCCUCCUACAUAGGGAGGAGGGCCGUUCGCAUUUCGACCGUACCACGCAGUCAGCUUGCAGUCCAGACUUCCUUACCGAAGAGCGUUCCUCUCCAAACACAAGUAAACGACCGCAUCAGAGGAUGAUCCCCCGAAAGCGCUUCUUUGGUCCAACCUCGCCAGACUACAGCUGGAAUAUGGCACAGAUACGCUUGCAGCAAGGCCACAAAUAUGGCCGGCCCAGUUUGCCGGACCUAAAUGACAGCCAUUCGGAAGACGGUGGCUCGACAGAUGGUAUCGAUGACGUGGAUGGAUCGUCAUCAGGAAACAUGUCGAGUCGAUUCUUGGAAAGGCUGACUAGUUUCAGAAGACUCCUCAAGAAACAAGAGUCCUUGAGGCUGAUUUAUGAGUGGGAAUCUGUCUUUGGCGACUUCCACCCUAUUGUGGAUAUUGGGGUCAUCCAGAGAUUGAUUGAGGACUCGUACAAGCCAAACAGACCGACUUCUCGUGAAGGACUGUUGCUGAUCACCAAUCUUGUUCUCGCAAUCACCCUUUGCGCAGAACCGGCGUCCGAAAUCGAUGUCUGCAGGGCCAUCUACUCGUACUGUCGAGAAGCCAUUGGCGACUUGAUUGUAUCUCCGACCCCAACGCUCGAGAAUGUGGUCAUCCUGUUGCUUGUGGGUAUCUACCACUUUUUCAGAGAUGAUCCAUGCUUCUCUUGGCGGAUGGUCGGGAUGGCUGGCAACAUGUUGCUCGAGCUUGGUCUGCACAACCGUGAGAUUCCAGACCACGUUCUUAACUCGGAAAACGAGCGGGAACAGGCUGUUGCCAUCAUAUGCAGUACCAUUGUGCUUGAUAGACAAUGGAGCGCAGCAGUCGGCCUUCCAACCCAUUUCCAGCAAUCACAUUUUCGUCAUAUCAUGAAAUUGCCAGUCAGUGAUCUACUCCAAAGCAAAGCUUGUUCUAGCCUGCUGAUGUUGCAUUGUAUCCAGAUCCAGUCUCCGUUUCUCAAGGGCAUGGUUUCCUUCAUGGUAGUCAGCGAUAAAUUUACAUCAACCCUCUCCCACAUCACGAACACAGACCAGCCUUAUGACGACGAUGAUGCCGCGUUUGAGACACUCAAUUUUCAAAUCGAGCAGUGGCGAAAGAACGCUGUCGGGAGCUACAACUUCACGCUACAUAGCACCUGGCGCACCAUACCCAUCAGCCGCAUCCCUUCUUGGGCUAUCAUGUUGAACCUUCGAGCAAACGCUGCUCGCACUAUGUUGCUGCGACCAUUCUUCUUCACCAACAGGCUGACGCCAGCGAGUAGGAAGAAUAUCGAGCCUGCCGUGCAUCGGAUCUCUGAUACGAUCAACAUCCUCACAAGUCUGGACAACUCCACUGACGUAUACCGCAAACAACAGCCGUACUACUCCCACUUACUGGUCAGCACAUGUUCUCUCAUGUACCUGGUCGUCGCGUAUGUCGCUCAGCACAAGAUCGCGCUGGCUGACGACCUGCCGGCAAACUUCUCCGAGAUCAUGGAAAAGAGCUUCAAAAAGGCUUUUGACUUGGCGGAAGCGUACAACACAACGUCUCGAGCGUCGAGAAAAUUGCGGAAAAGGCUGCUUCUUGUGCGAGAGCCUCUUGUGCAGCUCGAGAUUCUGCCCCCCGAGACGCAAAGACCGGCAAAUCACCACUCAGUGGGACAGUCAGAGAGGACUUCAAGGAAGCUCGAGAGAGGACCUGUAUCUGGACCAGUAGAGCUCAGACCGGACGUAGUUUCCAUGAGCUUACAGCCGGUUGGCUUGGAAGAGGUGGACAGGCAUGGUUACCAGCCCGCAAUUGCACAAUACGUGCGGGACGGGCCGACGCCAUACGCACCUAUUGACAUGGCCCUUGAUAUUAAUGCGUUUGAGGGUGCCGGUGCGAUACACAACGUGACAACGUCUGGGGGUGUCCAGAAGAUCAAACUAGGCAGCGAGCUGAGAGCGGGGAUGACACCUAGCCAUAUUUCCGUGCGGCACAGUGGUGGCCACAUUGCAUCUCGACUGGCUAAAUUUUCUCAACUCCAGUCACUCCAUAGGGUGACCUUGGCCAAGGUUGUCCGACCUUCAACGACACAUACCACCAAAAGCUCAUUCCACUUCGCCCAAAACGAAAGCCAACCCUUCAGAAUGAACAUCUUGAAUUUCCCAGAAGAGAUUACCCUGAAAAUUGUGGAAGCUACUAUCCCAGAAACCAUUGAGAGCAUCGCGCUCACAUGCCGCGCUCUCCACCGCAUCUCAGCACCCUUUCUCGCGGAGCACAACCAGCUUCGACGCCGCUAUAGGAACUUUACAUACUCGUUCCUGGCUUCACUCGACUGGUGGGGAAGGGUUUCAGAACUUGAGAUGGACCCCGUCACCAAAGAGACGGGCAUUCAGAUUGCAAAUGCAGCCCAGCUUCUUCAGGCCAUCGGCACUGAGCCUCUAAUCGCCCGGUAUAUCCAGACGGCCGAUCUCACCAAGGAAAACAUGCUCAACACAUACAAAGGUCGGGAUGACAAGUCAAUCCUCUGCACGCUCGAGCCCGAUUCGCCCCUGCGUCACCUUCUUCUCGAUUCCCCCUACCUUCGCGAAGCUGGUAUCAGUAUAGACUCCUGGCCCAACGAGUGUAGCCAUCCGUUCAUCGACAGCAUUGUCUUGCUCACCUUGCUUCCUAAUGUCGAGAAGAUACUGCUGCCAUGGUGGAUGAAGGAAGGACCAUUUCAAGAGGCGGACCGUGACGAACACUUCCGCAACCUGCUGCACACUAUCCAACGCCGGGCUUAUAGCGGAGACCCUGGCGCUUCACUAUCAAAACUGGCCGUUCGCCCACACUUCCAAGGGACGGAAUUACAUCUCCUAUGGAAGAGGAAAAGCGAUUAG